UCUUUGGGACGACACGCCGAUGACGAUGAGUAGCAACCGAUCCGGCUCGAGGAUUGGGGGCCACGCCCACGCGUCUUCUCAGAUGCAGGGACGAUCCAUCCAAAUUUCCAAGCGGCUCUCUCCUCUCUGCUCGCCAUGGCAGCCGCUGGAGAAGUUUAUGGGAAUUUAUAUUUCCGCGGCAGGAGGUCCUGGGUGCAGCGGUGCCCCAGCAGGAGGAAGGUCCUAUAUUUAAGACACCACGGGGCCGGGCCCUCGUCAUCGUGCUCGCAUCGCCCAGCGACAACCCUGUUGGCUUGGCUCGUUCCUCCUCCUCCUCCUGCGGCCCCUCCCCAUCCUCCUCGCCAGCCCGGCCGGCGGCCGCGCUCCGCAUGUCAAUCCACGGGCUGAUCCUGGAAGUCAGAGUCACCGGGUGCCGGAAGCUGCGGGACACGGAGUUCUUCACCCGCCAGGACCCCUACGUCGUGCUCGAGUACGCCACCACCAAGCUCCGCACCCGCACCUGCACCGAUGGGGGAAGAAACCCAACUUUCGAUGAGAAAUUCCAUAUACCCCUCAUUGAAGGGCUCCGCGAGUUGAAUGUUGUCGUUUGGAACAGCAACACAUUAACCCACGAUGACUUCAUCGGCAGUGGCAGAGUAUAUCUGCACAAGGUGCUCGCAAAUGGCUAUGAUGAUUCCUCAUGGCCACUUCAGACACGCAACAUGAGAUCCGCUGGGGAAGUGAAGCUCAUUAUGCAUGUUGAUGUCUCGGCAAUGAAGAACAAAAUGGGUAGAAGUAUCGGUGCAGCAAGUACACAUUCUGUUCCUCCACCUUCAAUGCCAGCCCCAGCCCCAGUCCCAAUCCCAGCACCAGCCGCAGCACCAGCACUAGCAUCAGCAGUUCCAUACACUGGGGUUCCACCUUCGUAUCCACCUGCUCCAGCAUAUCCUGCGGCAUCUGCAUACUCUGCUUACCCAACUCCUAGCCAAUCACCAUAUACAACUACAGAAUAUCCACCACCUCUGCAGCAAGCAUACCCACCCCCUUCGGCAGGAUACCCUCCAUCGUAUCCACCGCAGCCAUAUGGUCAACCAUAUCCGCCGCAACCAUAUGGUCAACCAUACCCACUCCCACCAGAGGCACAGUCCCCGUAUCCACCUGCACCUUACCCUGGUACCUAUCCACCAAGACCUUAUUGAUAUAUCAGCUUCAGUAACCACGAGCAGGGGCAUCAAAAGCAGCAAACAACAGUGGUUAUUGCUAUAUGAUGUGUGCCUGCGUGUGGGUUCUUUGUUUCUAGUUAUUUGGUUAUUCUUCCUAACAGAAUUCUACGUACACCGCUGAACUGUCACACUGAUCUCAAGUCAGCUAAAGAUCUGUAUGGUAAUUGUUUGAUGAGAAAUCAAAAAAGGAAUGUUGUGAAUUCACUUGUCUGAAGCUGAAGCUUGGCUAAGUGCAACAGAUGGAAAUUGCUUCCUUUUUGUGAAUCAUGCAAACAGCCCAGCGACCAUCAGUUAUAUUUACCCUCUCCAAUAUGUACCAUAGGCAGCUUGUAGAAUGUCUCGAUGAAAUCCAUCCUAUAUUGCUCGCUGUGUGUUUGCCAAAAUAGAGAUCAGGCCCAGCUUGCUUUUGUCUUGGAGUCAAUGUCUGACUGUUCUGUGUGACCAAACAAUUGUACAUAGUAGGGUAUUGCUAGCAACUGCAGACGCGUUAGCUGCAAAGAUUGCAGCACCUGGUCGACUUGAAACUUGGAAUAUAUCUGUAAUGGUCAAUAAAUUUGCUUCAGUGAUGGAAGCUCUUAACACGUGGUGAUUUGAGAAAUGGUAUUUUCAUGUUUUUUCCU